GGGCGGGGCGAUCCUGUCCGGCGGGUUCUCCGCACCGCCCCUUCCCCCCUCGUUCGCUCCCUCCCUCAGUAACUUGGGUGCCUUUUAUCCGGCGAGCCUCGCGGUGGAGAGUUUAUCGGUGCCGGAGCUGCAGCGCGGGGAGUGCGGAGCGUGAGGCGGCGAAGCGGCCGCGAGGGGGUCCCCCCGCCGGCUGGUCCGGCCCGCGGCGACGGACGGACGGACGAUGCUCCGGCUGGUGUCGCUGAAGUUGGGGCGGCUCUACCGCUACGUGAAGCUGGCGGUGCUGGGCAUCCUGGCGGCGGCGCUGGCCCUCAACUCGCCCUCGCUGCUGGCCUCGCUGCAGCGCAACGAGCUGGCCGAGCGGCGCUUCCUGCAGCUGAACAAGUGCCCGGCCUGCUGGGGCACCAGCUGGUGCCGCAAGUUCCUCAACGGGCAGCUGCGGCUGGAGAGCUGGGGCCGCCUGCGCCUCCUGGACUUCCUCAACGUCAAGAACGUGUACUUCGCGCGCUACGGGGAGCCCCGCGAGGGCAGCCGCCGGGUCGUCCUCAAGCGCCUGGGCUCCGCGCGGGAGCUCGCCGACAUCGACGCCAAGAUCUGCCGGCGCGCCACCGGCAGGGGACGCUGCGACCUCCUCCAGGCCCUCCACGCCACCGAGUUCGCCAGCAUCAACGGCGACGUCCGGCUCCUCACCCCCGACGUCGUCGAGGGCUGGUCGGACCUCGUGCACUGCCCCUCGCAGCGCCUUCUCGACCGCCUCGUCCGCCGCUACGCCGAGACCAAGGACUCGGGCAGCUUCCUGCUCCGCAACCUCAAGGACUCCGAGCGCAUGCAGCUCCUCAUCACGCUGGCCUUCAACCCGGAGCCCCUCGUGCUUCAGAGUUUUCCCUCUGAUGAGGGCUGGCCAUUUGCAAAAUAUUUGGGUGCAUGUGGAAGAAUGGUGGCUGUAAACUAUGUGGGAGAAGAACUAUGGAGUUACUUCAGUGCCCCAUGGGAAAAACGAGUGGACCUGGCGUGGCAGUUAAUGGAAAUAGCAGAGCAGCUGACAAACAAUGACUUUGAAUUUGCACUCUACCUCCUGGAUGUCAGCUUUGACAACUUUGCAGUAGGUCCUAGAGAUGGGAAGGUUAUCAUUGUGGAUGCUGAAAAUGUUUUGGUAGCAGAUAAAAGGUUAAUCAAACAAAAUAAACCUGAAAACUGGGAUGUGUGGUAUGAAAGCAAGUUUGAUGACUGUGAUAAGGAAGCUUGUCUCUCUUUCUCAAAGGAGAUUUUGUGCACUCGUGUCACUGUGGACCAUAAUUACUAUGCUAUUUGCCAGAACCUUUUAUCAAGACACGCCACCUGGCGUGGCACUUCUGGAGGACUUCUUCAUGAUGCUCCAGCUGAAAUUGCCAAAGAUGGUCGACUUGAGGCCUUGCUGGAUGAGUGCGCCAAUCCAAAGAAGCGAUACGGUAGAUUCCAAGCUGCAAAAGAACUACGUGAAUAUCUUGGACGACUGAGUAACAAUGUGAGGUAGUUGAUGGUGGGUGGAUGGUCAGAAAUCUUACUAUGACAGUGAAUAUGCUGGGACAAGACACAUGGGCAAGUGAGUUCUGAAAGUCAAACAAGGUCAAACAGCCAGAAGAAGAGAAUAAACUGUAUACUAUGGUACUUAAAGGAUAUUUUGUAUAAGCUGACAGAGUUACAUACCCCAGUAACACUUGAGCUGUUUCUGACUGGGAGAAGACUGAGAUAUUGACUAGCAUGUGAAAUAGUACUUAACGCAGCGUGUGUUAGUUACCACCAUUUUUUGAGACUGAUGCCCUUGGAAAGUCAAGUUAUAUUGGCCUGUUUUAAAGGCCUUAUUUCUGAUGUCCUUUUCAGAUUUUUGUUUUCAUUCUUAUGACAAACUAAAGUGACACUUACAUACACGCUGGUAUGCCCUGAUAUGCUCAUUAUUCCUGAAACUAAUAGGUUUUCAUGAAAUGCUGUGCCGCACUUACUGUGAGUACAGGAUUCCUAUGCUUAUUCUAAUGUUCAGUUGUUUCCACUGUUUCUUACUGUUUGUAUGCCUUAUUAAGAAUGCUUUUAUAAGCAUAUUCUUAAAUAUUGUGUGAACAUAACCUAGACACUUCUGAAUUCUUGGUAAUUCUGCUGCAGGUAAUGCUUCACAAGUUGGUUUGGUGUAAAAUUUUAUCAUUAUUCCAAUAUGUAAUCAUGUCCAUUCAGCAGGGAAUCGCUGACCAAUUUUGAACCAAGGUAAUUUGGAAUUUGGGGAUACAUCUAGUUAAAAUGAAUACCAAGUUUUACUAGUAUAGUAAAUCAUAAACCAAAGAAAACGGUUGUGUAUCAGUCUCUAGUCAUUUAAACAAAAUUAUGUACUGUAGUGGCACUAACUCACUGACAACUCAGAUUUCAGCAGGUUUGCGGUUAUUCCUUUGAAGAAAUUUUGCUACUAGUUAAGCUUAAACUCCACAUGAGAAUGAGAAAAUGCCUAGCAGGCUAGCAUUUGUUCUGCAUUAUUCACAGUUAUGUUGAAUUUGCAAUGCAGUGUUUAAGUCUUUCAGUUGUAAUUCAACAAUCUUGUGAUGGUUACUAUGUACCUGAAAUGGCUCAGAAGUUGCAUGAGAAAUUGACUCUGUUCUAAAACAAAAUCCUUUCACGGAAACUUGCUUUUCUUUAUGCAUGGUAACAACUGCAAAGGUUUUCCAGGCUAGAAUGGUGAAAUUUUGAUCCUGAAUAAAGUUUGGUUGCAGCAGCAGCAGUGCGGCAGCAAGCCAAAAUUAUCUUUCUGAGCUGGAAUAAGAUCGAGUGUUCAUGCUGUAAUGAUCAUUGCGGUGCCGAAAAAUGUAUAGUGGACAGGUGAAAGCAGGUGCUGAAACAAAAUAGUUGGGGAACAACGAAAAACCUAAUCAGUUUCAAAUCUCUGAAAAUAUGGAACAUCACAGAAGGCUUUUUUUAGAAGGCAAAACUUUCAUUCACUUCUGUUCAGCUUGUGUAGUUAAAACGUUCAGCAGCUUUUUUUGCAAGUAGUCUCUCAGAAUUGCUUCCUUAGUUAUUGGGGUUGGACUUGGCUCUGUCUCCUAAAGGGGGGGGGGAAAUACUUCUUGCUGUGGCACAAACCUUUUCAUUUCAGGUAUUGUGGGCACAAUCCAGAGCCUCUUAGGCAAGCUUGGGUCCCUCUGAAAUAAUUCAGAUUUAAAUAAUUAGAUCUCGAUUAUUUCAGAAAGCGUGUAGGGUUGCCUAACUUUCUUUGGAUUUUACCAUAUGUAUUUAUAUAGGAUUCAAGUUGACUUUCUUGGCUCAAGUAUUUGAGCAAAACCUAAAUGUGAGACUAAACACUAGCCUGCCACAAAAGGCCUUGUUUUACACAAUAUUAAUUUAAUACCCACUAUUUUAGGUGAAUGAGACGUGUGAUUGCUGUAGGAGUGCUGUAGGCUUUAAACACCACAAACACUGCCAGCUAUGGAGGCAGUUAUUCAACUGCUAAAUGUUCCUUGUGAGGUUGGAGUUGGAGUUCAUUGUUUUCUCGUGAAAAUGUGCUGAUAAGCAGGAUUCUAACUACAAAAGGAGUCCAUAAUUCUCAGUCUACAGGGAAAACACCUAUGUGGAAAGCAAUAAGUUUUCUUCAAUUUGCACCUAUCAAGUAUUUAUUGUACAAGGACAAUUUAUAUUUUUAGUCAUUGCCCACAAAUGGUGAAUAUUUUUGAAUGAGAUGUUUGGGGUUUGUAUGUGCAUAAAAUUGUCUUUUGUACUGUAAGUUACUGUUUAAUUUGGUUAUCAAAACUGUCUCC